UGUGUGUUGGGAGGAGAUCCAAACUGCCGCACUCCUCUGUUUUACAACGGCCCGGAUGACCGAUCUCGCGAAUGAGAGAAUAAAAGGGUAAAUCUUUGGCCGAGGAGCGAAAAAUCGGUGUUCAUCGAAACCCAGAAAAACAAAAGAAAAUGGCACUUCAGUGUGUUCCCUCUGUUUCAUCAGCUUCCCUUAUUCAUCGACUCCCUGCAACCCGUUCUUCCAUGGCUAUAGCGGGUUUUCUCUCUCGCCUAUCCAAAUACCAAACCCCAUUCUCUCUUUUGAAACUAAGCAGAAGCUUUGGUUUCAUCUCAGUUCCUGAAACGAGGAAGCCAUACAAUAAUUUAUUUCAAGUGAGGUCGGUUGCUGCGCCUGCCGAAGCUGCUGCUGGAUUUGAUGAAAUGGCUGCUGGAACAAAGCGGAAGUAUUAUAUGUUAGGUGGGAAAGGAGGUGUUGGGAAGACAAGUUGUGCUGCAUCCCUCGCUGUAAAAUUUGCAAACCAUGGGCACCCCACCAUCGUAGUCUCAACUGAUCCAGCACACUCAUUGAGUGACUCUUUUGCUCAGAACUUGACUGGAGGGAUGCUAGUACCAGUUGAAGGACCAGAUUCUCCACUCUUUGCACUUGAGAUAAAUCCUGAGAAAGCCAGGGAGGAAUUUCGUAGUGCAAGUCAGAAAAAUGGUGGCACUGGAGUCAAAGACUUUAUGGAUAGCAUGGGACUUGGAAUGCUUGUUGAACAGCUAGGGGAAUUAAAACUGGGGGAGUUGCUGGAUACACCUCCUCCUGGUCUGGAUGAAGCUAUUGCAAUUUCAAAGGUUAUGCAAUUUGUUGAAGCGCCAGAGUAUAGUAUGUUUACACGCAUAGUUUUUGAUACUGCACCCACAGGUCAUACUCUUCGACUUCUUUCCCUGCCGGACUUCUUGGAUGCAUCCAUAGGCAAGAUAUUGAAGCUAAAGCAGAAGUUAGCUUCAGCUACUUCAGCUAUCAAAUCUGUUUUUGGGCAAGAGCAGCCACGGCAGGAUGCUGCUGACAAAUUGGAACAAUUAAAGGAGAGGAUGGGAAAAGUUCGAGAGCUUUUCCGUGACACAGAGUCAACAGAAUUUGUUAUAGUAACCAUACCAACGGUCAUGGCCAUAAGUGAGUCAUCAAGGUUGUGUGCUUCUUUGAAGAAGGAACAUGUUCCUGUGAGGAGGCUUAUUGUUAAUCAGGUUCUACCCCCAUCAACAUCAGAUUGCAAGUUCUGUGCAAUGAAAAGGAAGGAUCAGAUGCGUGCCCUUGAUAUGAUCCAAAAUGAUCAAGAACUUGCAGAUUUGGCAUUGAUCCAGGCACCACUGGUUGAUGUUGAAAUCAGAGGUGUUCCAGCUCUUAAAUUUAUGGGGGAUAUGGUCUGGAAGUAAACUUAAGAUUUGUACAUGGAUGAAUACACAAAACUCAUUUACAAACUGCUCCCACAGAAGUUGCUGUCAUGUUGUUUGUUUACAAAGAUAUCUCGAUGCCUGGGAAGAUGAUUGUAUUUUUCAGGUUACUUGCAAAACAGAAUACAAAGAACAUCUGUAAUCUUUCUCAUUGAUGAAAAAAAUUGGAAGAUGUUCUGGCAA